ACGCGUGAUUUAACGCAUGACGCAGCUUGUAUUAUGAAUUGCUGGCGCGCUAAACUAACUUUUGUUUCGCAUCAAGUCAAUGACACCUUGUCAAAGUCAAUUCAGAACAAUUCAACACAUUGUUGUUUCAUCAAAUCAACCUGACUCCGUUUGGAUAAACUUUAUCGCAGACCCCUGAGAGCUCAGCCUCUCUGACGCAGGAAAAUAAACGACCACUCUCAUUUAAGUAUGAUGAAGGAUUUCAUUUAUUAAUCAAUCAAAGUUAUAAUAUAUGAUUCUUGUCGUGUAGCCUCACCGUUUGAGCUGUAUCCCCUAUAGUUGAUUGAAAAUGACACACUUAAACUGCGUAUUGAGCACCAAUAAAUCCAUCCAACCAUCUCCGGAUCCAAAGUGUCAGUAAAAUUAUCAUGUCAUUAUUGGAGACAGAAUGAGACUUAUGUUCUCUUCCACUAAUAAGAAACCUUAAUUUAAGGUGAUUCUUAGUUGUGGACUUGUUCAGAUACCUGGGUGGUGAAACCUGGUUAUUGUACCACAUGUGAAGACAGUGCCACCCUGUGGAGGCUGUUAUCAGUCACAUUACCAUCAUCUGUAGCCUCUAUGGCGAGUUCAGAGCCAUUCAGAUCAUUUCAACUGUCAAAAAAAAAUCUUACAAUGGUCCAAAAAUAUCAUUUUAACCCUUUAAUGUCUGACACCACAAACUAUGGCCAGAAACUUCCAUUUUUUGGAGCUGAAAUGUUUAUUACACUACUAAAAACCAAAAAAUUAAAAUGUUCCUAAAAUUUAACAAAUAAAUUUAUCUAGUUUGAUACAUUAAAUGUUUUUGGAAACCAAUAAACUUUAAGACUACAUUUUUAUCAUUUAUCAGACUGUAUUCAGGUGUUAUUUUAGUAAUUUGUUGAUCAUAUUGAUUUGAUAAAAGUAUAUAAAAUAUGAUACAAAAGGCAUUUAAGGGUUAAAUUGUUGUAAUAUGUCACUAAUACCUUAGUCUGUCUUGAAAAUGAAAGAUUAAAUACUUUUCUUUUAUGUUACUAAUACUCUCUUCCACUUCAACCCUCAUGUUGAAUUUUAAAUAUAAGUGCCAAAGUGUUACUCAAAUAAUGAGAUAGUGCAAACAAGAGAAAUAAACUGCUGCAGAUGCAGCCCAUACAUCUGUCCUACUACUAACCCAAGACUCUGGGUGAUCCAGUAGCAUUAAAAUCAAAUCUACAAGGAAAAGUGUUGGAGGCUAUUCUGAAACUUUGAAUCCAUAUUAGAGGAAAUUUCUGGCCAUGCUUUGGGGUUUUAUUUCAAAUCUUAAUUUUACCAGGUUUCUCACCUGAACACAGUCAGUUUUUUUUUGCACACUUUUUAUCCUUCCUCCUGUUUUAGCUUUUACUACGCACCCACCAUGUUAAGGGUCGGUUUUGACCCGUGUCUUAAAUCAGCUGUAAAUUACACCAAAAACAAUUCUCUAUCAUCCAAUUUGGGUCACAUCUCUAUGUCACCUUGUUCAGCUUCAUUAUCUGUGAAAAUAUUGCUUAUAAUAUUUUUGUUGUGGUCCUCUGGGCCUUUCUUUGUCUGUAUACCCCUCACACAGACAUCCAUACUGAACUGACCUCACAUGUCUGAACAUGCUCAAUGUAGUUUUUUUAUGCAGGGAAAAACAGGCAAAAUGAGAAUUUCUUAAAUCUCACAUGAUUGAAAGAGGAUCUGACUGUCAGUGUGUUUCCUGACAGUGCACUUAUGAUUUCAGUUUUUUGCUCUGAUUAUUAGAUAUUGAUCUAACCGGGUCAACAGCAACCCUAACAUGACAAGUGCCAUAAUUUUGAAAAGAGUUUACAAUUACAAUUUAGCCAAUUUUUUAUUUUUUAUUUGUUAAAAUAGAAGUUUCUGAAAAAGUCAAAUAGUCUUGAUGCAAAAAACUUAUUUAAGUGGUUCUUUUAAGCAUUUAAAAUCAACCUAAAAUCAGACCCUAACACAGGACGAGGGUCACUCCUGCUGCGGUAGUUCUCCAUCUCGCCGCCAGAUGUCAGUGUUGCGGCGGCCCGCAGCUGUGCAGGGCCGGUGAGUGUGAGCAGCGCCUGGACUCUCUCUCCUCCUGAGCACCGCUGCAGAUCGAUCACAUCGUGAAGAGUCUAUCUGCUGAAGUCAGUCCAGCCCAGACCUCUGGUUUCCUCUCAGCCGAGGAGCUCCUCUCACCGCUGACCGACUUCAAGGCUGCACAGAGGGAGUCUGAUCCUCUAGCAGGCUGGAUCUUUAUUGUCCGCGGAGAUUAGAGAGAAAUCCGAUGCGGAGGUCUUCAUCCUACAACAACCAAACAAGCGAGCAGACCUAGAAGAACCAACUUGGGGGAUAAUUUGUGUGAAUAACGCUCAGGCUCCAAGUUCAGAUGGUUUGGAUGUUGUUUGAGGAACCGGCGCGACACCACAUGAUGUCCGGAUUAUUGUUUACUUGAACGACCUUGGAUUAUUUCCUCUGUGGACGGAUUCUGCUUUUUGUUAAAAUGGAGAUGAAGCUGAGGCUCUUUGCUCUCACCUGUAAAAGUAUGUACCUCUCUGCUGCAGGAUCACACCCCAUGAUAAUGAUGUUUUAAUCUCAUGUUUGCAGAGGGAUUUCCAGAGCAGGUUUGUUGUUCAAAUAAUUCAGUCAUCAGGUUUAAUCCCAAUCCCACGUGUUUGUCAGACAGCUAAUAGAUGCUCCCACAGGUUUAUGCAUCUGUCCAAUAGAUAACAAUAUGACUAUGUGAAAUUCUCAAUCGAAUUUCUGACACGGCUGCAGAUUUUGUGUGAGUUGAGCCUCUUGUUUGCACCUCUGAAUGUUGUUUUACUCUCAGGGAGACUCCCCUCUCUGCAUAAAUCAUUCAUGGCCUCAGACUCCAGCUUGCAGCUUUGUGAAUGAAGCACAUGUUCAUGAGCACAGAGGCCUGCAGCCCCAGAAAAAGGAGCUGUCACUGUGAAUCAGACUGCUGGGCUCGGCUAGUGGAACAGAUGGGAGACACAGGCUUACAACCGAGCAGCAUCAGCGCUCUCUCCAGCUCCAGACAGACAUCCCUGUGACAUGCAAUAGGAAAGAGGCAGAGGGAUUGAGUCAUGAAACACUGUGAGGAAGACGAGGGAGGGGUAAAUGAGUAACACAUUUGACGUGCAGAGAGGCAGAGAUGUUUGAAUGUGACCGUGCAGAGGUGCCGUGACCUCAGGCCGGCCGCUAGAGCAGGUCACAGUCGCCACAGCCACUGUGAAAUUCAUUCACAAUCCUCUCCUCUUUCCCACCAUCUGCUAUUUGGAAAUAAAUCACUAAAAUCCUCUUUUUAUCCUCACUGCAGCAAAGGAAGACGCGAGGUUAACGGACUGUUUCCACGCCACCAGACCCUCGUAAGGAUGGACCUCGUCAUCGGUCGCCUCUCUGAAUCAGCAGCUUUUGUUUUGUGGUAGUGAUCGUGACAAAUAUCGGCUUUCAGAGAUGGAUGAAAUCGGGAGUGGAUGACAGGAAGAGCUAAAGAAGUGUAAGGCUGCUCAAAGGGAUGAAUGAACAGUGACGCCUCAAUCCAAACUCGUACCAAAGACUCUCACCGCCAUCGUCAAAUUAAAUCAAUGCUACAUCCUCCAGAGUAUGGGGUGUGUUAAAUCCAAAAGAAGUGACUCUGCGGCCCAAAAUGCAAACUCUACGGACAAAUUUGAGGGCAAGUCUAAGAAAUCGAAGGGCGAGAAAGCCUACUUGGUGCACUCAGAGAUGGGUUCGCCAGAGAGCUCGCCACAAAUCAACCCGAUGCUGUUGGAGUACGCUCACAGGCUGUCCGAGGAGAUCGUGGCCCGGGCCGUGCAGCAGUGGGUGGAGGUAGACCGCCGCUACAGCGACAUCCCUUACAUCGAGUGUGACGUGCCAUGACAUGGGAGGAGGGGGGUGAUGAAGGAGAGGGAAAGGACGGGUUGAGACGGCGCUGAUCUUGACCCUGGCGGUGUGAUGUGUGAUCAAACAAAGAGGAAUCCUUUGAGCAUGUACCUGCUGUGUGCUGGAAUAUGAAUGAGCUGUCACUAACUCAGCGGUGACCUACUUUGGGAUUGGAUUAUACUUGGAUUGAGCCUACAAACCCUCCUCCAGAGCGGCCAAAGCACUCUGAUCCGGGUCUUGGUUCUGUGAUUAUCUGCAUCCGAGCUGGAGACGUGUCGUCAAUCAGAUAUCAUCUUUCUCAGACCUUAUUUUUCCCCGUCCUCCUGUAGGUGCCAGCUCUUCUGUGACCGGACUAACAACGUACGGAGUGAGAAAUGAAAUGUGAAAGUCUACCCCGUCCAGAGAUGCUGCAACAAGGCCAAGAUUCGCUCCUCUUACGGGGGAAGUUAUUAAUAGAUCCCCAUAAAACCCUCCCUCGCUUCAUCAGAACAGAAACACGCCCAGCUGUUUGGCUCCUUCUGGUCUGACAAAUGGCCUGAAGUUCUCCCUUAAUGGCCUCCCUGGAGACACUGCGGCUGAGCUGCAUCGAGGAGCAUCUUCCUCUUUUCUGUCUGUCUGUCCCUCUCGCCAUUAGGCGGCCACUCAGAAAACACACACAGGGAAUUAUGCGCACAAAUAAUUGCAUUUCUUGCUCUCGAGGAUAUUCCGCAAACAGCAGACACAGUUUGGGGACUUUGACAUCAGGACACAGGGGACUCGCUGGUCUCAAGAAAAAAUAGGGCAUGAGAACUGUGACACACUUUCUUAAAAUAGCAGACCUGGAGCUUAAAAACACACAAUUUUGUCUUAACUAUCCUGGUUGUUUUGUUGCUUAAAGGAGGGAUACAGCUGUUUAUCCCGCAGAGGACACAAGCACAAAUAUGCAAACCUUCAAACCCAUGACUUAAAUCCAGAGUAUGUGUGAUUUCUGAAGGAGUAGCUGAACUCGGAACUGCCACGAUCCUCGAUGAAUGUCACAGAGGGUUUGCUUUACAGGUCAGCUCGAGCCAGAGGAAGGGUUUAUGUUUUAAAGUCUGAGUAUUUACCUGAUGCCAUCGGGAUUUAACCCAAAAUUAAAGGGAUAGUUCUUAGUUUUGAGCAGGGUUGUAUGAGGUACUUCCCACUGAGUGGAGACGGACGAGGAUCGUUUUAAAGAGCCUUUUUCCAUUCAACACGGUGACAGUAUCAUCUUAAACUGAUGUAGAAGGAGUGAGUGGACAGUUGGGAGUGACACUAUGAUGUCUUAUUUUGCAGCAUCAGUAACCACGAGAGUCACGCUCACAUAUGCUCCAUGUCUGCUACAGAGCAUCCUGGUCCUUUAGCCUUUGGAUUCAACCACCUAGUUCCACCACAAAGGGGCCAAACCAUAGACUGUAUCUAGAAUGGACGCCAUCUGCCUCCUCACUGGGUGAAGCCACUCCCAGAACAGCACCCUCUGUUGACGGGCUGCAGUGUAGGUCAUAAGUCCCGCCUCGUCCAGCAAAGCUUAUGGCUGUGGACAAACUAGCAAUUUAUUACACAGAACAAAAAAACACUGACACCUGAUACAUAAGCUGUUUGAGCCGAGCGUCAUAACAGCGACUCUCCCGCCGAAUGCGUAUAACGCUACUGCGCAAUGUUGGUUUUCAGGAAACUGAAAAAAAAAUGCGUAAUUACAGAGCGCUUUUUGGCUUCUAAUCCGUUUACUGGUGGAAGGCGGAACCAAGUUGUCCAAAGAAUAUACAGUCUAUGGGCCAAACUAAUCAGGAUCCGCUUAUUAUUAACAAGUACCUCAUACAACCCAACUUUGAAAACUCGAUCCUUUAAAUCACAUCAAUAUCUUUGCUAAACUCACCAAGUUUGAAGCCAUAUUUCACAGUGGAGGAGUUUUCUGUCCACUUGCCUUCUCUUAUAUCCGUACCAGUGUUUUAAUAUUGAGAUAAAACCGUCCAAUCGCCAUCAAAUACAGAUGUUAUGUAUGAUUUAUCAUAAUGGAGAGUCUAAUGAAUACAGCUGCAUUGUUAAAGCAUUUAGAGUCUUUGUUUACAGUCUGUACUGUAACGGCGAUGUUGGUGGUUCGAGGGUUUGCUGAAACAUGAUGUGAGCUAAAAACUGCCCCGUCAAACGCACCACUUUAAAAGAAAAAAAAACAUAUUACAGUACUUGCACUAAUCCGUGUGGGCAGAUGAAUCUCUCGGGGUCUUUCCCCAAAAACAUGUUAUGAUCACUCUGAAGAUUAGAGAUGAUCUGUUCUGCACACGCCAUCCUCCCGUAUCUUAAUCUGAUGCUGUUUGUUUCACUGAAACAAAAAGAAAAAAAAAACGUCACUGCUGUGCUGAAAACGGACCUGAGUUUGGACGCUUCAUGGAGGUCAAAGUGCCGCUUUCUUGGACUGAGACAGAAGUACAUCAGUGAUGUUGCCAUAACAAUGAUGUCAGUUUCUACUGUGCGAAACGUUAAGUUUGUAAUUUGACGAAAUCACCAAGAAAGUUUAAUCUCACUGGUUUUUGUCUGUGUGUGUUUACAAAUUCACAAGAGAUUCUGUUUUUCUGUCUUUAUUUUGAAGUCAAAAAUCAGAUGUUGUUGAAAAAAAUCACAUAUUUUUUGUCUUUCUUUGUGAAGUUUUUCUCUGCACCUCCAAGAGUUAAGAGUCUGCCUUUUUUUAAAACACUCGUGUCUUUCAGCCUCGACCUAAAAGCUGCCAAGUCUCCUCUAUAAAACUGGGAUUUGUAGUUUUUCAAAGCGCCCCCUUUUUUAAUGAUUUCAUGGUAGCAGAUGUUUCCACAGAGAACAGCUGCUCAUCCAAUUGUUGUUGCAGAUUUAUUGAAGGUCAAAGGUCGCUAAAGGACACGGUACAGUUUGAAUACAGUUGCAUUCACUGACCCUGCGUAAUACGGUCAAUCUCUCCGCACUGUGAAAAGAAUUAAAGCCACAAUACGGCGAGGACGGGCGCUGACAUAGUGACGUAUUUCAGAGCGUAUAAAGUGGAGCGAUCUGACAGGUGGAGUCAGGAGACUAAUGUUCAACCCUUUCCUCUAACCAAAGCACCCAAUUAUCUCACAGUUAACGCAGCAAAGAUCCCUCCGGUCGGUUCAGUCCUCGGCAGAACAGACUUGUGAUGAUUAAAAUAAGACUCACAGUUAUAGAAAGUUCAUCUGUUCUUGUUCCAGCGAGGGUUGAGUCACAGUUUGUCACGUUUUCUGAUCCUGCAGAAGCUUUAUUCAUAACAGAGCCGUCAGUCAUCGUGUCAUAUCCUCUCCUCGUAUUGGAGCUCCUGUGAGUAACUUUAAAUCUGUGUCUAUUUUGGCGCCCCCUGUGGACAAAGCUGUUUCUGCCUUUUCUGUUUCGUUAUCACAUUUAGAUAUGCAGUUUAAAAGCCAGUUUUGAGUAGUAAUAAUAUGCAGCUUUGGAAACUCGCAAACACUCAUACAACUUUGACUUCUUGACUAAAUAUUUAAUGUUACAGUUUUAACACUCAGGGGAAAUCUGCUCCGUACGAUAUGAUGUGGGCGAGAUAGUUUUCACACCCCAGAAAUGAACAGAGUGGGAGUGAGGAGACACAAAUAAACACUAAAGUAAAUUAUUAUUCUCCUUUAAAAAGAAAGCUACACCUCUCCAAAUCCAACAAUGGGUCUCUGAUUUUCUCACUAAGUCCUUCAGAUGGUCACAGCAGUUGGCUUUGGUUCCUGUAAAACACGG